UCUCAGACUCUGCCAUGUUUGGUUCGAAUGUGUAGUAAGGAAAGACUGCUGGAGGAGCGAGUAGAAGGAGCAGAAACACUGGCUUAUUUGAUUGAAACAGAUGUGGAACUCCAGAGGAUUGCCAGCAUUACCGACCACCUCAUUGUCAUGCUUGCUGACUACUUCAAGUAUCCCAGCUCAGUGAGUGCAAUCGCUGAUAUCAAGAGGCUCGACCAUGAUUUGAAGCACGCCCACGAACUGCGCCAGGCUGCUUUCAAGCUCUAUGCCUCCUUGGGAGCAAAUGAUGAAGAUAUCCGAAAAAAGAUCAUUGAGACCGAAAAUAUGAUGGACCGUAUUGUUAAUGGCUUGUCUGAAUCUAGCAUCAAGGUGCGAUUAGCUGCAGUCAGGUGUUUGCACAGUUUAUCCCGUUCUGUACAGCAGCUCAGGACAAGUUUUCAGGAUCAUGCUGUAUGGAAACCUUUAAUGAAGGUUUUACAGAAUGCUCCGAAUGAAAUUCUUGUAGUAGCAUCUUCCACGCUAUGCAAUCUUCUUCUGGAAUUCUCUCCAAGUAAAGAGCCUAUUUUAGAAUCGGGAGCCAUAGAACUUCUAUGUAGCUUAACACAGAGUGAAAAUCUUGCCUUGCGAGUGAAUGGCAUUUGGGCUUUAAUGAAUAUGGCAUUUCAAGCAGAACAGAAGAUCAAAUCAGACAUCUUACGUGGUCUUAGUACAGAGCAGUUGUUCCAAUUGCUUUCUGAUUCAGAUGUAAAUGUUCUGAUGAAAACUUUGGGACUGCUCAGGAACCUUCUAUCUACUCGCCCACACAUAGACCAUAUAAUGAGCACUCAUGGCAAGCAAAUCAUGCAAGCAGUGACCCUCAUUCUGGAAGGGGAGCACAAUAUAGAAGUCAAAGAACAGACAUUAUGUAUACUUGCCAAUAUAGCAGAUGGAACAACAGCAAAAGAACUGAUUAUGACCAAUGAUGACAUCCUGCAGAAAAUCAAAUACUACAUGAGUCAUUCAAAUGCUAAACUUCAGCUUGCUGCCAUGUUCUGUAUAUCUAAUCUCAUAUGGAAUGAAGAAGAAGGUUCACAAGAACGCCAGGAUAAACUACGAGACAUGGGAAUAGUAGAUAUUCUACAUAAAUUGAGUCAAUCAUCGGAUCCAAAUCUGUGUGACAAGGCGAAGACAGCACUCCAGCAGUAUCUUGCAUGAUCAAAGACUAAUUGAAUCUAUGGACACCCCUCAUGUCUACUUAAGGAAUAGCAGGAGAUAUUCCUGACUCCUUAUAUUUGCACAAGUCACCUUGGGCUGCAUUUUUCUCAGGUGCAGGGAGCUGCUUUGCAGAAACAGUUCAAAUGAUCAGGUCUCCAGUGCACUUGAGAAUUUUCUUGAGGUAGUUUCUUUACUCAGAGGACUCCUGGGGGGUUGUUUUGGUUUUUUGGGGGUUUUUUCCUGAGCUACCUGGACUUUCGGAUAGAACAAUCAGUCAUCAUUUUCCUUUUGGGCCUACAAUUUUCUGCUUUUGCUGCAGCCUGUGUGUGUGUGGAUGUGUGUGAGUGUGCUUGAGAGUGUGUGUGUGCUUGAAUGAAUGUGUGUGGGGGUGAUACCUCAAUUUUGUUUUUCUUUUUUUUGUGUGUGAAAAUCUUUUUCUACAGGUUUUCAAGGGUUAACCAUUGUUUGCUGUACGGAUACUUCAAUGAAUUAUAUACAGUUUGAAUGAAAUGUUAUUUAAAAAAAAAAACCAAACUGUUGUAUCCCAUAAAGUUUAUUUUGAAUUUUGAACAGAUGAAUGUUUUUAAGUAAAAUAUAUGCAUUUCUGAACUUCA